AUGAAGGACUUUAAAAGAAGCGAGGUAAGGGACAAAUUUACACAGUAUGUCUAACAGUGUAGUGUCUGAACAUCAAAUGUUUGCUGUACAUUAAAAUGAUUUACAAGCUAGCAAGCUAACAUUAGUCAGCUGAAUGAAGUACCAAAGAUUAAAAGGGAAUUUCACCCUGCCUCUGCCACAACAUAUAGUCAUUACUAUAUUAACAACAUUAUGUUUUUGGUCAUAAACAUCAAAAUUAGCGAAACCACAAGCUAGAACGAGCACAUUUUAAUUUCACUGGUAGAAUCGGGACGUUUCGACUUCCUGUGUAUUCGGCUGCUCAUAGUGAACCACAAAGUCCAGCAUUCAUAGUGAAUGCAGAUAAUGCCACGCUAGGUAAAUGGGGCAUUCCCACAAACUUGCAUAAUGGCGUUGUUUACUUCGGACGACCAACACACAGUAAUUGUUGCAUCACAAAACUUACACAAGGUGGUUUGUUAUACGGUGGUGAUCGUCCUGGCAGAUGUGGCUAACCUAGCAACCUAGCAAGCACGGCGCUGACCAUCGCCAUCCAGAGGGACUGGAUUGUGGUUAUCACUGGCUACAACCGGGGUCACCUCGCCGGUGAGACUGGCAGACCUGCCGCAAGCUAUUACAUCAUGAGGGAUUGUUGUUUCUGUUUCAGCUGCUGAACUGGCUGGUGGUUAAAGCACUUCAAGUUUAUCAGACACUCUAUGUAUUUAGUUUUCUAGGAUGUAUCACAUGCAUUACAAUAGAAGUAGAAUAGUUUGCUAAUUUAGGCAUUAGUACAAAACUGGUAGCACAAGUUCUAAUAUCACCACAACCAAACAAAACCCUGUACGUUUGGUUUGAUUCUGAUCUGCAGGGAUGAAGAGGUUGAGGUUGUGUUUUUCUCUAGCAGGAGGUAAGCUUGGCUUCUCAUAUGGUGUUGAGUAAAGCUUAAACCAUGUAUUUAGAUCGUAGGUAGGUAGUUUAUUUAGGUAGUUAUUGUAGGUUUCCGUAGGCAAUUAUUGUAGGUAAGUAUUGUUUACGUAUUGUUUAAAUAUUGUUACGGCGGAGCCCGGCGAAGCACGAGGCUAGCUAGCUAGCGGGUAGCUACUGGUAACGUUUAUUGGUUAUUAUCUGUUUAGUGCAAUGGUGGAGAGUGGUUUCCAAUGUUAAUGUGCUAGCUAAUGUGCUAGCUAGCCAACGUUUAAUUUUUUUUGCUGCGUUAUGAAAGGAACUUGACACGGACAUGAAUUAUCUGUUUUGUGUGUUAACACACUCUUGGUAUGCUAGCUAGCUUGCGGGUAGCUACUGGUACGUUUAUUGGUAAUUAUCUGUUUAGUGCAAUGGUGGAGAGUUGUUUCCAAUGUUAAUGUGCUAGCUAACCAACGUUUAAUUUUUGCUGCGUUACGAAAGAAACUAGACACCGACAUGAAUUAUCUGUUUAGUGUGUUAACACACUCUUGGUGGUUUGUUGUAACCAAGUAUUGGUGCUAAACUGUGUGUUAUUGGAUGCUAGCAUGCUAGUUAGCUACGGCGUCAUAGCUAGGCAUCGUGGGCUGUUGUGGUUAGUUACUGUGGGUUGGCAUUGUUGUUCGGCGGUGCCGGGGGUAGCACGAAGCUAGCUAGCUAGCCGUUCUUCAAACAAGGUCAACACAGUGGCCAUUGCUAGCUAGCCAACAGACACGGACACGAAUUAUCUGCUUAGUGUGUUAACACACUAUUGGUGGUUUGUUGUGACCAAGUGUUGGCGCUAAACUGUGUGUUUUUGGAUGCAGGUGUUGGUGCUAAACUGUGUGUUUUUGGAUGCUAGCAUGCUAGUUAGCUAUGGUGUCAUAGUUAGCUAGCUGAAUAAAGUGGGUUGAGUCUAUUCCUUUAAACACUGAACCGCUGUGGUUCACAACAAUUCUGAUUUCUAGAGGUGGAAGUUGGUAGAGUUUUUGUUCGGGUGGUUCAGUGAAACAAUUAUAGUUGUUAGAAGUAGACGUUUUUGGUGAGGGAGGCCCUGCUCUCUACUCUCCCAGAUGUGAUGUUUAGUUCAUUUCAUUCCGAUCUCCUCUGCAUUAUUGUAGCCAUUUGCUACAGCCUGUCAACUAUGCCUCUGCCUAUCCCUGUUCUCUCCUCUCUGCACAGGCUACACAAACGCCCCACACCACGUGGCUGCUGCCUCUCUAACCUGGUGGUCCCUGCACGCACCCCACACCUGGAGUUCCAGGUCUCAGGCAGCCUCUGGAACUGCCGUUCUGCUGCCAACAAAGCUGACUUCAUCCCAGCCUAUGCUAAUCUCCAGUCCCUCGACUUCCUGGCGCUGACGGAAACAUGGAUUACCACUGAAAACACUGCUACUCCUACUGCUCUCUCCUCGUCUGACCAUGUGUUCUCGCAUACCCCGAGAGCAUCUGGUCAGAGGGGUGGUGGCACAGGAAUCCUCAUCUCUCCCAAGUGGACAUUCUCAACUUUUCCCCUAACCCAUCUGUCUAUCUCCUCAUUUGAAUUCCAUGCUGUCACAGUCACUAGCCCAUUUAAGCUUAAUAUCCUUGUCAUCUAUCGCCCUCCAGGUUCCCUUGGAGAGUUCAUCAAUGAGCUUGACACCUUGAUAAGUUCCUUUCCUGAGGAUGGCUCACCCCUCACAGUUUUGGGGGAUUUCAACCUCCCUAUGUCCACAUUUGACUCAUUUCUCUCUGCCUCCUUCUUUCCACUUCUCUCCUCUUUUGACCUCACCCUCUCACCGUCCCCCCCUACUCACAAGGCAGGCAAUACGCUUGACCUCAUCUUUACUAGAUGCUGCUCUUCUACUAAUCUCACUGCAACUCCCCUCCAUGUCUCCGACCACUACUUUGUUUCCUUUUCUCUCUCGCUCUCCUCCCACACUACUCACUCUGCCCCUACACAGAUGGUAAUGCGCCGCCGCAACCUUCGCUCUCUCUCUCCCACUACUCUCUCCUCUUCCAUCCUAUCAUCUCUUCCCUCUGCUCAAUCCUUCUCCCUCCAAUCUCCUGAUUCUGCUUCCUCAACCCUCCUCUCCUCCCUCUCUGCAUCCUUUGACUCUCUGUGUCCCCUAUCCUCCCGGCCGGCUCGGUCCUCCCCUCCAGCUCCGUGGCUUGAUGACUCAUUGCGAGCUCACAGAACAGAGCUCCGGGCAGCGGAGCGGAAAUGGAAGAAAACUAAACUCCCUGCCGACCUGGCAUCUUUUCACUCCCUCCUCUCUACAUUUUCUUCAUCUGUUUCUGCUGCUAAGGCCACUUUCUACCACUCUAAAUUCCAAGCAUCUGCCUCUAACCCUAGGAAGCUCUUUGCCACAUUUUCCUCCCUCCUGAAUCCUCCCCCCCCCACCCCCCCCCCUCCUCUCUCUCUGUGGAUGACUUCGUCAACCACUUUGAAAAGAAGGUUGACGACAUUCGAUCCUCGUUUGUUAAGUCUAAUGACACUGCUGGUCCUACUCACACUGCCCUACCCUAUGCUUUGACUUCUUUCUCCCCUCUCUCUCCAGAUAAAAUCCUGCGACUUGUGACUGCAGGCCGCCCAACAACCUGCCCGCUUGACCCCAUCCCCUCCUCUCUUCUCCAGACCAUCUCCGGUGACCUUCUCCCCUACCUCACCUCGCUGAUCAACUCAUCCUUGACCGCUGGCCAUGUCCCUUCCGUCUUCAAGAGAGCGAGAGUUGCUCCCCUUCUCAAAAAACCAACACUCGAUCCCACUGAUGUCAACAACUACAGACCAGUAUCCCUUCUUUCUUUUCUUUCCAAAACUAUUGAGCGUGCCGUCUUUAGCCAACUCUCUUGCUAUCUCUCUCAGAAUGACCUUCUUGAUCCAAACCAGUCAGGUUUCAGGACUGGUCAUUCAACUGAGACUGCUCUUCUCUGUGUCACGGAGGCUCUCCGCACUGCUAAAGCUAACUCUCUCUCCUCUGCUCUUGUCCUUCUAGACCUGUCUGCUGCCUUUGAUACUGUGAACCAUCAGAUCCUCCUCUCCACCCUCUCCGAGCUGGGCAUCUCCGGCGCGGCUCACUCCUGGAUUGCGUCCUACCUGACCGGUCGCUCCUACCAAGUGGCGUGGCGAGAAGCUGUCUCCGCACCACGUGCUCUCACCACUGGUGUCCCCCAGGGCUCAGUUCUAGGCCCUCUCCUUUUCUCCCUAUACACCAAGUCACUUGGCUCUGUCAUAUCCUCACAUGGCCUCUCCUAUCAUUGCUACGCUGACGAUACACAACUAAUCUUCUCCUUUCCCCCUUCUGAUAACCAGGUGGCGAAUCGCAUCUCUGCAUGUCUGGCAGACAUAUCAGUAUGGAUGACGGAUCACCACCUCAAGCUGAACCCUGGCAAAACGGAGCUGCUCUUCCUCCCGGGGAAGGACUGCCCGUUCCAUGAUCUCGCCAUCACGGUUGACAACUCCGCUGUGUCCUCCUCCCAGAGUGCGAAGAGCCUAGGCGUGACCCUGGACAACACCCUGUCGUUCUCCGCCAACAUCAAGGCGGUGCCCCGCUCCUGCAGGUUCAUGCUCUACAACAUUCGGAGAGUACGACCCUGCCUUACACAGGAAGCGGCACAGGUCCUAAUCCAGGCACUUGUCAUCUCCCGUCUGGACUACUGCAACUCGCUGUUGGCUGGCCUCCCUGCCUGUGCCAUUAAACCCCUACAACUCAUCCAGAAUGCCGCAGCCCGUCUGGUGUUCAACCUUCCCAAGUUCUCUCACGUCACCCCCCUCCUCCGCACACUCCACUGGCUUCCAGUUGAAGCUCGCAUCCGCUACAAGACCAUGGUGCUUGCCUAUGGAGCAGUGAGGGGAACGGCACCUCUGUACCUUCGGGCUCUGAUCAGUCCCUACACCCAAACGAGGGCAUUGCGUUCAUCCACCUCUGGCCUGCUGGCUCCCCUUCCUCUGCGGAAGCAUAGUUCCCGCUCAGCCCAGUCAAAACUGUUCGCUGCUCUGGCACCCCAAUGGUGGAACAAGCUCCCUCACGACGCCAGGACAGCGGAGUCACUCACCACCUUCCGGAGACAUUUGAAACCCCACCUCUUUAAGGAAUACCUGGGAUAGGAUAAAGUAAUCCUUCUACCCCCCCCCCAAAAAAAAAUUAAUAAAUAAAUAAAUAAAUUGUAAAGUGAUUAUCCCACUGGCUAUAGGGUGAACGCACCAAUUGGUGAGUCGCUCUGGAUAAGAGCGUCUGCUAAAUGACGUAAAUGUGCCCUUGAGCAAGGCACUUAACCCUAAUUGCUCCUGUAAGUUGCUCUGGAUAAGAGCGUCUGCUAAAUGACUAAAAUGUAAUGUAAAAUGUAAUCUCAGAACUUCUCUAAGCAAGAUUUGUUUGAAAACGUUUGUUUUUCACUAACGUUUGUCAUCAUGCCCAUGUGGUGUUCUGUGUCUGGCGGUGCUAAUUACAAACAAGUGUGAAAAUGAGUUAUGUUUCACCAUUCUACCUACCAGAGAUUUACCCCAAUGCCAUCAGUGGCUUGCGGCUAUCAAGAAUGAUGCUUACGGUGACCUAAGAUUAGAGGGAUUUUCGGGCUGAACUGAUGGGGAAUUCAUUUCGACGACAGCUGAGAAGUGAUGCGGUACCAUCGUUUUUUUCCUUCACAACAAAACAGAAGAUUCUUCAUUAGAGAUAAGAUAACAUUAGCUAGCCUAGCUGGACUAGGUAAGUUAGCUAGCUAGCUAACAUUACAGUCCUGUAUUGAACUAUGAAAGCCAUCAGCUAAAUCAAAUAGCUAGCUAGCUAUCUUUUGGAUACACAUUGUAAAUCAAUUUCGCCUAUGCCAUGGUAGUCACUGCUAGACUGGUACCUUCAGCAGAGUAAAUAUGUUUGUUUGUUCAUUCCAUUUUUGACUAACAUUAGCUAACAUAAGUUAGCUAACAUUAGCAAAUAAGAGUAGCUCAAUCUGGUAGCCAUCUAUUCCACCCUGGUCUGGAAAGCACUCUGUUACUAAAAUGUAAUUGUCGAUAUAGCUAACUCACUCUCUGUUUGUGUGUUGGUAGCAAUGAUGAAUGUGUAUAAAUGUGAUUGGUUUCAGGAAACUAGGCAUAUGUCGCACGUCACUACUUCACAUGAGAGCCAUUCGAACGUAAACUUUUGUAUUUUUAUCAAAAUGUGUUUUUUGGGCAGAAAUGCCUUCUGGAACAUGUGAACCUUCACGUGCCUUAAUAACAAACUUGUAUGUCAUCUGUAAAUACGAAUAAAACUGUUCAAUUAUGAGCCUAGUUGUUUUAGCUCAGCUAGAUAUCAAAGGUAAGACAUGGCUUCAUGUCUAUGUGGUUUGAUUUUCUGUGAGUGUAGGGAAAAAACUUGUGAUUAAUAUUGAAGCUUAGAGGUGUUUUAUGGAGACAUGAAAAAUGAUUGUACUCAAUAUCCCAGGCUCCUCUGUUUCCUCCCAGGUAGGAGGAACACUACACUCCGUUCUCACAGGACUCAGGCUACGCUAUUGCCAGGUCAGUCUUGGGGGUGACCCUGUUGGGGUGACAUUUGCUUUGUCUUUGGAAGAUGAUUUUUUUUAAACAAUGGUGAUAGAACAUGUGAAUGAGGAACUGUCCAAUACACGCAGUGAGAUCACCGAACUACAGAACGAGAUAAAAGGCACAUUUGAUUCACAACAGCUAAAAUAGAUUUAGGAGCAGUGCGCUUCUGCCAUCGAAUCCUAUCAGAAGGAGAUCUCAGAGAUCAAACUACAGAAGUUCUGACAGAAACUGGUCAGUUAUGGGGGCCAUAGCACACACCACAUUUCUUUUUAUAUACAGAUAAACCAAUAUUGUUAAUGUAAAUAGUGAAAAGAACCGGACCAAGAAUUGAUCCCUGUGGCACAGCCUUUGUUCUGUCCAGAAAACCUGAGAACCUUUUUAGCAUGUUUUGGCAUUAGUUAGGAUAACAUUCCCUUAAUGUCAAACAGAACAUACCCAGAAUGUGGUUACCAUGUUCUCAGAAUAUACAAUAUUAAUGUUCCAGACACGUUUCAUGGGAUGUUGCAAGAAAAUUCAUAUGUCCAGUUUUCUGAGGUUUAGGAGAAUAUUCCAUCAACGUCCCAUCAAACAUACACAGAACAUGGUUGCCAUGUUUUUUAGAAUAGAAGAUAUUAAUGUUCUAGACACAACAUAAAUGAUCAGUAUUCAUUAAUACCUUCAGAAAGUAUUCAUACCCCUUGACUUAGGUUUUCCUAUAGGAUUUUGCCUGUGCUUAGCUCUAUUUAAUGUAUUUUUAUCUAAAAUAAACUCCUUAGUCCUUGCCGAUGACAAGCAUACCCAUAACAUGAUGCAGCCACCACCAUGCUUUAAAAUAUGAAGAGUGGUACUCAGUAAUGUUUUGUGUUGGAUUUGCCCCAAACAUAAUGCUUUGUAUUCAGGACAUAAAGUUAAUUUCUUUGCCACAUUUUUUGCAAUUUUACUUUAGUGCCUAAUUGCAAACAGGAUGCAUGUUUUGGAAUAUUUGUAUUCUGCACAGGCUUCCUUCUUUUCACUCUGUCAUUUAGCUUAGUAUUGUAGAGUAACUACAAUGUUGUUGAUCCAUCCUCAGUUUUCUCCUAUCACAGCCAUUAAACACUGUAACUGUUUUAAAGUCACAAUUGGCCUCAUGGGAAACUCCCUGAGCGGUUUCCUUCCUCUUCGGCAACUGAGUUAGGAAGGACGCUUGUAACUUUGUAGUGACAGGGUGUAUUGAUACAUCAUCCAAAGUGUAAUUAAUAACUUCUCCAUGCUCAAAAAUAUAUUGAAUAUUUUACCAAUAGGUGCCCUUCUUUGCAAGGCAUUGGUAAACCUCCCUGGUCUUUGUGGUUGAAUAUGUGUUUGAAAUUCACUGCUUGUCUGAGGGACCUUACAGAUAAUUGUAUGUGUGGGGUAUAGAGAUGAGGUAGUCAUUCAAAAAUCAUAUUAAACACUAUUAUUGCACACAGAGUUCAGCUGUUCAUUUUUAAUUAAUUUGUCAAACUUUCUAAAAACAUAAUUCCACUUUGACAUUAUGUGGUAUUGUAUGUAGGCCAUUGACACAAAAUCUCAAUUUAAUCCAUUUUAAAUUCAGGCUGUAACUCAACUAAAUGUGGAAAAAGUCAAGGGGUGUGAAUACUUUCUGAAGGCACUGUAGCUGAACAUCGCAAAGAGAACUAUCGUCUUUUUUAAAUCUACACCGCAUAUACCAUGUAGAACAAACAUGUGUCAUUGACAAACUCAUUUUAUUUAGAUCAGAUGGGUGUGUUGUAACUGUUGACAAAUAAUUACAAUAACAUACAGUAUAUUGCUAAGAAUGUGAGAGUAGAGUGAGUUCCCUAGUGGGUCAUGAACCCAGGCUACUAGCACCAAUGACGAACACAUGCCCCUAAACUGCUGAAAUAAGUCACUCAAAUCAACAAUCAGAAUAUUCAGAUAAACUGAAACCUGACAUCGACAUGGUGGUGUAGUGGGAAGAUCAGCGUACCAUGAACCAAGAGGUUGUGAGUUCAAAUCCCAGGGGAGGAUAUAUUGAGAAGGUAUGUCUGUAUACAUGCACAAUGUAUUCAGUGAUAUCAGUGUGUCAAAUAUGCAAUUUAAAUGAAGUGUGUGUGAGUAUCCCUAACCUUGCCAACAGACAAAGAGCUAUUAGUGGUUCACCGAUGAUGGUCUUGAUUGGGAUUUGGCAACAGUAUCAAGGCGUUAUGUUUAAUGAAAAUAUUUUUUCUUUGGGACCAUCAGGCAACGUCCUGAUAACAGAUACACAGAAAUGUUCCUGCAACGUUCCCAUGAAACGUGUCUAGAAUGUUAAUAUCUCAUAUUCUGAGAACAUGACAACCAUGUUCUGUAUAUGUUUAGUGUGAUGCUGAUGGAAUUUUCUCCUAACCCACAGAGAACUAGACACAUUAAUGAUUCAAAGGGUUUGGGGUUAAAUGCGGAAGACACUUUUCGGUUGAAUGCAUUCAGUUGUGCAACUGACUAGGUAUCCCUCUUUCCUUUUCCCUUCUUGCAAUGUUCUCAUGAAAAGUGUCUAGAACAUUAACAUCUUAAAUUCUGAGAACAUUGUAACCAAUGUUCUGGGUAAGUUCUAUUUGACAUUAAGGGAAUGGUCUCUUGGAAACAUUCCUUGCACAUCACAGCAAUAUUCCUAUGAAAACGGUAGUUAAUGACCUAAUAAGACUCUUAAGGGAACGUUCUCUAAAGUUGUGGGAACGUUUGUUGUUAGCUGGGUAUGUGUUAAAGAUUCAGCAAUCAGAAGAACAGAAAGCUGCAACAAGAAAGGAUCAAUCAAAUCAGCCCAAGUGGAUGUUUUUACAUCAACCUUGCGCAAGGCAUCUAGCACAAAACAAUUAGAGAGUAGUUGAAAUUAAAACAAAGAUUAAGUAGAAAUUGAUAGAACUUCCAUUGAGCCAACUAGAGGCUUGGAGAGGGGCAGGCAGUCGAUUGGCUGACCAGGGUCAAUUAAACCACCAUUUCUUUCAAAUAAAAAGCCUGGGAGAUAAAAUGCCCAGCUAGCACAUUUGGUUCCUUGGAAGUUGUGGGAACGUACGUUUUUGGUUUCCCAUUGGUUCUUGGAACGAAGCCAUUAGUUUCCUGACCGGUUAAACGUUCUGGUAACGGAAGUUAAAAUUUCACCUGUUCUGGGAACGUACAUUUUUAGGUUGCAGGGAGUUUCUGAGAACAUUUUACUAUGGUUCUCUGAAAGUUUUCCUGGGAGGUUUUAUUAACGUUCUGAGAACCAAAAUUAUAGGUUUGUUGGAGGUUUUUGAAUAACUUCCUUAAAACUCUCACUGAAUGUUUCAAGACUUUCAAUAACACUGCUCCCUUAGUUUGGGUUAGGUGUUUACUCCAAGCACAGAUAGCACACAUGGACAUUAAUUUGCUUAGGCAUUAAUCAUGCAAACACAUUUCUUUCUAUUGUGGCACGGCGUCAGUGAGAUUUGAACCUAUGACCGUCUGUUUUCUAUCCAUGGAAAUAGUCCACAGCACCACAGCUAACACGCCAUGUUUUUUUUUUUACUCAUACAAAGCUGUUCAUUUUAGCCUAUUCAUCCAGACCCCAUUUCAAAUUAAACAAGCACUCCUUCAGAUCAGGUGUGGUCAAUUAGUGGGCCCGGCCAACCCACCUGAAAACACUUAACAAGAUAGAGGAUAGAGAGAGUUUUGUUGACUCUGAAAACGGAAGGUAUAUGUUUUUAAAUAACAUUCUUAGAUUGUCCUUUGAACAUUACUAAUGUUUUCUUGUGGUAUUAUCUUCACAAUUUCUCUUCAGAAUUAUACAAGGAUCAGUGUUAAUCUUUUUGGUAUCUCUAAUACAUGCCAUAGGACAGGAAUCACUGAGAUCAUUAGCAAAGACACCACUGGACAAGUACUUGUGGGGCUAUUUAUCAGAGUAAGGUCAAUCAGUGAGGAGUUUGAUGGAUUUUUUACAUUAAUCCGUGUGGGUUUUGAAAUCAUUUGAGUCAAGUUAAGAUCAAGACAAAUAUUAUUUAAAUGGUCUGAGGCCGGGGUUAGCCAAUCUAAGUAAAAAUCCCCAAAAUGACUAAUUCAGAUGAAAGAAAGGUUUUAAAUACUCAGAUAUCAAGAAGGUCCAUCUUUGACAUCAGACUUCGUACUUUGAUAUGUAACUGCCCAAGCCCUCUAUGUGAUUUGAAAACAGCGAUGGUAUCCAUAUUUAUGGUAUUUAAAUAAUAGCACGAGCUUACCACAGUGGGCUUCCCAAUUGGGCUAGCAGUAAUAGAGCUAACAGUGGAAUUAAACUCUAUGGUCACAAUAUGGUUAUCUGUAGCAGUAUGAUGAUAAUGCUGUGAAAAAGUGGGAAUGGGAAGAGUUACCUAAUUAGGGGCUGGGCUUUUUUGGGGUCAAUAUUUUAUAUGAGCCUCCUCGAAGUUGGCAGAGAGAAUUGUCAAUGUACUCCAAAUCCAUAGAAGAACAGUAGGAUUUAAGCCAGUGGUGUAAAUCCUACUGUUCUUCGAUGGAUUUGGAGUAAAUUGACAAUUUUCACAACUUUUGGAAGUGGCCCCAGUUUUACAAGAGGGAUGGCUUGCAUCCAAAUAUGAAAGGGGCAAAAGUUCUCUCAGCCAACAUCGAGGAGGGAAAAUACAGUGGUUUGAUUCAUCCUGAAAGUUGCCAUAGUCAAGUUCAGUCCAUGAAAUAUUGGGAGGUGAUACAAGUGUACAAUAGGGGUUGAACAAUAGUCCUAUAAAUCUACCCUAUUCCUCACUAAACAUGGUACUGUUGUGACAAUGGUCCAGUCGUCAUGAACCGUGCUGCAGGUUUAAACGGCUACGUGUGGCCUGAGUUCCGUAAUGAUUCAAAUAGGCUACAUGUCCCAAAUUAUUGCACAACAUUAGCCUAAUAAGAUCCACUGUUGCUAGUGACCCUCAGGAGCAACUACACAGGUGUAACCGGGGAAAGAAAGAUACAUGGAAUGGAAUGGAAUGAUGCAAAAUGUAUGCUACAAAUUGAAGGAAACGAACACUAAAGUGACAGUUAUGUAUGUGGGUAUUACUGACGGUGGCUCCCGAUAGUGGCUAAUCUUUAACAUUAUACAAAUUGUCUAAAUAAAUAAAUAAAAAGGCCGGGCAUUCUAGAGCGCAUACAUCAACUCAGUAGGUUUGGCGUUAAAGAAGCCUAUAGGUUGGGUCUCCAAAUUUCAUCCCCGCAAAUUAUGAGGACAUAAAAUUAUCAUUCUGAAUAAAGGCACAGCUAUUUAUAACCUAAUUCACUAUGGAAAAGGGGUCGCAAUAUAUUUCAUGUUGAUAUGAUUUUCAGUUUGCUUCCAUAUGACUGGUUUCACAUUCGUCUCCAGCGAUCAUGAGGAAAAAUCAUAUAAAACAAUUGCUGUUUGUAUUUACUAUCCCCUUCACUAACAGAGUAGUCAUUUACCUAGCUCUAUUUAUAGCUUUUAUCAAUUUAUAAAUUACAAUGCGUGGAGAAUGGUGUUAUUUCUAUCGGAAUGGAACGGAACUGAAAGUAGACUAAAAGUGAAACGCUUACUUACGGGCCCUUCCCAACAAUGCAGAGAGAAGGAAAAUAGAGAAAUAAUAGAAAAGUCGAACACGUAAUAAUAAAAGUAAUAAUAAAUGCACAAUGAGUAACGAUAACUUGGCUAUAUACACGGGGUACCAGUACCGAGUCAAUGUGCUGGGGUACGAGGUAGUUGAGGUAGAUACAGUGCAUUCGGGAGUGUAUUCAGACCCCUUUACUUUUUCCACAUUUUGUUAUGUUACAGCCUUAUUCUAAAAUGGAUUAAAUUAGAUGUUUUUCCUCAUCAAUCUACACACAAUACCCUAUAAUGACAAAGCAAAAACAGGUUUUUAGAUUGUUUUGCAAAUGUAUUAAAAAUUAAUAAAUGAAAUAUCACAUAUAAGUAUUCAGACCCUUUACUCAGUACUUUGUUGAAGCACCUUUGGCAACGAUUACAGCCUCGAGUCUUCUUGGGUAUGAUGCUGCAAGCUUGGCACACCUGUAUUUGGGGAGUUUCUCCCAUUCUCUGCAGAUCCUCUCAAGCUCUGUCAGGUUGGAUGGGGAGCGUUGCUGCACAGCUGUUUUCAGGUCUCUCCAAAGAUGUUAGAUCGGGUUCAAGUCCGGGCUCUGGCUAGGCCACUCAAGGACAUUCAGAGAAUUGUCCCGAAGCCACUCCUGCAUUGUCUUGGAUGUGUGCUUAGGAUCGUUGUCCUAUUAGAAGGUGAACCUUCGCCCCAGUCUGAGGUCCUGAGCGCUCUGGAGCAGGUUAUCGUCAAGGAUCUCUCUGUACUUUGCUCCAUUCAUCUUUCCCUCGAUCCUGACUAGUCUCCCAGUCCCUGCCGCUGAAAUACAUACCCACAGCAUGAUGCUGCCACCACCCUGCUUCACCGUAGGGAUGGUGCCAGGUUUCUUCCAGACGUGACGCUUGGCAUUCAGGCCAAAGAGUACAAUCUUGUUUCUCAGUAUCUGAGAGGCCUUUAGGUGCCUUUUGGCAAACUCCAAGCGGGCUGUCAUGUGCCUUUUACUGAGGAGUGGCUUCCAUCUGGCCACUCUACCAUAAAGGCCUGAUUGGUGGAGUGCCACAGAGAUGGUUGUCCUUCUGGAAGGUUCUCCCAUCUCCACAGAGGAACUCUGGAGCUCUGUCAGAGUGAACAUCGGGUACUUGGUCACCUCCUUGACCAAGGCCCUUCUCCCCCGAUUUCUCAGUUAGGUCAGGUGGCCAGCUCUAGGAAGAGUCUUGGUGGUUCCAAACUUCUUCCAUUUAAGAAUGAUGGAGACCUGGUCUCCCGAGUGGUGUAGCGGUCUAAGGCACUGCAUCGCAUUGCUUGAGGCGUCACUACAGACCCGGGUUCGAUCCCAGGCUGUGUCACAGCCGGCCGUCACCGGGAGACCCAUGAGGCAGCGCACAAUUGUCUGGGUGAGGGGAGGGUUUGGCCGGAAGGGAUUUCCUUGUCCCAUCGCGCUCUUGCGACUCCUUGUGGCGGGCCGGGUGCCUGCAGGCUGACUUCGGUCACCUGCUGGACAGUGUUUCCUCCGACACGUUGGUGCGGCUGGCUUCAAGGUUAAGCAAGCAGUGUGUCAAGAAGCAGUGCGGCUUGGCAGGGUCGUGUUUCUGAGGAUGUGUGGCUCUCGUUCUUCGCCUCUCCCGAGUCCAUCGGGGAGUUGCAGCGAUGGGACAAGACUGUAACUACCAAUUGGAUAUCAUGAAAAAGGGGUAAAAGUACAAAAAAUUAUACAAGCAUACAAUCCGGUCUCUGAGCUCUACGGACAAUUCCUUCGACCUCAUGGCUUGGUUUUUGCUCUGACGUGCACUGUCAGCUGUGGGACCUUAUAUAGACAGGUGUGUACCUUUCCAAAUCAUGUCCAAUCAAUUGUUUUUACCCAAGGUGGACUCCAAUCAGGUUGUAGAAACAUUUCAAGGAUGAUCAAUGGAAACAGGAUGCACCUGAGAUCAAUUUCGAGUCUCAUAGCAAAGGGUCUGAAUACUGUUUUUUAUUUUUAAUACAUUUCCAAACAUUUCUAAAAUACCUGUUUUCACUUUGUCAUUAUGGGGUAUUGUGUGUAGAUUGAUGAGAAUAUAUUUUAAAAAAUUAAUCAAUUUUAGAAUAAGGCUGUAACAUAACAAAAUGUGGAAAAAGCCAAGGGGUCUGAAUACUUUCCGAAUGCACUGUAUAACCAGAAAGAAAGUGACAGAUAAUAAACAGUAGCAGCAGCAUAUGUGAUGAGUCAAAAAAUGUAGUGCAAAAAGGGUCAAUGCAGAUAGUUAAAUAGUCCGGAUAGCUAUUUGGUUAACUAUCUAUGGGCUAACUAACUAACUAUGGGUAUUUAACUAACUAUUCAUAGUUUCCUCGUACGUAAAAGUGGUGCAAUUAUUAGGGAAUUAACACCCCCCCAGACAUUCAAAAGAUUAUGGGUUCUUUCAAGGUGUGACUGGUAAUGGCGUCUGUCUGCUCUGACUCUGCUAUGAAGUUGUGUAUGUGUUAAUCAUUAAAGUCAACCUGAAAUGUGGGUUCCCUGGGCCAGCCCAGGAUAAAACACCUGCUUGGACAUCCUAUAUCUCAGCAGGGCAGGUGUGGCAGAGGGACCAAAGUCCAGCAGGUAGUAGCCUAGUGAAAAUUAACUCAGUCUAACUGACAAUAUCAAUAGGCGAACUGACUUUGGCAAAGUGGACAGGUCUGUAUAUUCAGUCCGCACCCAGUUUUAUGGCUCCGGUAGAGCAGUGCAUAGCCUAUAUUAAAGGACGCACCAAAUGAUAUAUGCGGCAUAUUUCCAGGGCUUAUUUGCAGUUCUCUGCUGAGGAAGGCAUUACGUCUGUUUAGUUUCUCUUUCACUGGAACUGUGCACAUCGUAUAUUUUCACACAGAGGGAAGCAGAACGGGUAAGUGACGAAUAUUAGUCUUCCUAAUCCCAAGCAACAUUACAGUAGCGUGAUUUGUAGGCCUACACGUGUAGCCUACUUGCGUUUUGCUUUCAGCUGUAUAUUUUUACCAUUUUGACUAGGUGGUAUAGCCUACAGCUACGACCGGAAGUUACUUUUUCGUAACAGGUUAGGAGAAUUUACGCAGCAGGUAAGGAUAAUUAACGUAGCAGGUUUGAAGAAUUCGGUUAAGGUUAGGAAAAGGGUUAGGGUCAGGGUUAGCUAAAAUGCUCUCCUAACCUGCUUCGAAAACCCUCUGCUUCCGGGUUGCUGCCGGAUAGUUUAGGCUAUUUGUGGAUAUUUUGCUUGCCGAUUAAAUGUCUUUCAUAUAGCAAUUGGUAAGUGAGGCUGCGAGCGCACCGAGUUAAAAUGAACAAUAACAUUCUGCCUUAGAAGCUAUUUCUCUAUUGUCACUGUCAUUGAGUAGCCUAUACAGUGUAGCCCUAAACUUGAGUGAAUAUGAUUAGGAGUCAUGCAGGACCAAUGAUAACUUUAUUUCCAAAAUGAAAUAGGCUAGUGAUGGGGAGAUGUGUGGAGAAGAUUUUGGUCACUUAAGAUGCUGCAAAACUUCAUAUUUUCACAUUAAAAUCAGUGUAGAUAUGAUGAUCUGAUUAGUCUGCAUAUGUCAAACAAUACUGUAAUCUCCUUUCUUCAGACAGAUCAGUCAUCAGCCAUGGCUUCUCUCAGCAACUCUAUCACAGCCUUUGCCUUGGAGCUGUACCGCACUCUGGGUCAGACCAACACAGGGAAUGUCUUCGUCUCCCCCUUCAGUAUCAGCUCAGCUCUGGCCAUGGUCUACCUGGGAGCUAAAGGAGACACAGCUGCUCAGAUGGCAAAGGUAACACACACAUACUCCAAUACACAGACAUAGAUACACACACGCAGUCGGAAGUUUACAUACACCUUAGCCAAAUACAUUUAAACUCAGUUUUUCACAAUUCCUGACAUUUAAUUCUAGUAGAAAUUCCCUGUUUUAGGUCAGUUAGGAUCACCACUUUAUUUUAAGAAUGUGACAUUUCAGAAUAAUAGUAGAGAGAAUGAUUUAUUUCAGCUUUUAUUUCUUUCAUCACAUUGCCAGUGGGGCAGAAGUUUACAUACACUCAAUUAGUAUUUGGUAGCAUUGCCUUUAAAUUGUUUAACUUGGGUCAAACGUGUCAGGUAGCCUUCUACAAGCUUCCCACAGUAAGUUGGGUGAAUUUUGGCCCAUUCCUCCUGACAGAGAUGGUUUAACUGAGUCAGGUUUGUAGGCCUCCUUGCUCGCACACACUUUUUCAGUUCUGCCCACAAAUUUUCUAUAGGAUUGAGGUCAGGGCUUUGUGAUGGCCACUCCAAUACCUUGACUUUGUUGUCCUUAAGCCAUUUUGCCACAACUUUGGAACUAUGCUUGGGGUCAUUGUCCAUUUGGAAGACCCAUUUGCAACCAAGCUUUAACUUCCUGACUGAUGUCUUGAGAUGUUGCUUCAAUAUAUCCACAUAACAUGAUGCCAUCUAUUUUGUGAAGCGCACCAGUCCCUCCUGCAGCAAAGCACCACCACAGCAUGAUGCUGCCACCCCCGUGCUUCACGGUUGGGAUGGUGUUCCUCGGCUUGCAAGCGACGCCCUUUUUCCUCUAAACAUAACAAUGGUCAUUAUGGCCAAACAGUUCCAUUUUUGUUUCAUCAGACCAGAGGACAUUUCUCCAGAAAGUACGCUUUUUGUCCCAAUGUGCAGUUGCAAACUGGCUUUUUUAUGGCGGUUUUGGAGCAGUGGCUUCUUCCUUGCUGAGCGGCCUUUCAGGUUAUGUCGAUAUAGGACUUGUUUUACUGUGGAUAUAGAUACUUUUGUACCUGUUUCCUCCAGCAUCUUCAGAAGGUCCUUUGCUGUUGUUCUGGGAUUGAUUUGCACUUUUCGCACCAAAGUACGUUCAUCUCUAGGAGACAGAACGCGUCUCCUUCCUGAGCGGUAUGACGGCUGCGUGGGCCCAUGGUGUUUAUACUUGCUUACUAUUGUUUGUACAGAUGAAUGUGGUACCUUCAGGCGUUUGGAAAUUGCUCCCAAGGAUGAACCAGACUUGUGGAGAUCUACAAUUUUUUUUCUGAGGUCUUGGCUGAUUUCUUUUCCCAUGUCAAGCAAAGAGGCACUGAGUUUGAAGGUAGGCCUUGAAAUACAUCCACAGGUACACCUCCAAUUGACUCAAAUGAUGUCAAUUAGCCUAUCAGAAGCUUCUAAAGCCAUGCCAUCAUUUUCUGGAAUUCUCCAAGCUGUUUAAAGGCACAGUCAACUUAGUGUAUGUAAACUUCUGACCCACUGGAAUUGUGAUACAGUGAAUUGUAAGUGAAAUAAUCUGUCUGUAAACAAUUGUUGGAAAAAUUACUUGUGUCAUGCACAAAGUAGAUGUCCUAACCAACUUGCCAAAACUAUAGUUUGUAAACAAGACAUUUGUGGAGUGGCUGAAAAACUAGUUAAGUACCUAAGUGUAUGUAAACUUCCGACUUCAACUGUACACAUAGUCGAAGCUUGAUUUAGUUUAGGGUUGCAAAGGGAGGGUAUAUUACCGAUAAUUUUCUAGGUUUACCAGUAAACUAACAGAAUUUAGGAAACUUGAAAGAAUAAAAAAAAAAUAUUCUUCAUUUUUUUAAGAAUGACAAAGCUGUAUAACCUUAUUCUAAUUUAACCCACAACUUGGUGAAUAGCGUUCAUUCGUAUUUAAUGAGGGUUUCAGCAUGAAAUAUUGUUUAUAUUUUUAUACUCUUUUAUUUAUUUUACUGUGUAAAUAUGUCUUUGUUGUAAAUGUUUUGCCACUUAACUGGUGGCAGUUGUGAAAAAAGUUGGAUGAGUUGCAGAGUUAAUUGUAAAUUAUGCCAUUGUUAAUUAGAUGUUUUGUUUUUUCAUUAAUUUGGCUAUUUUCUGUUGAACCAUAUGGUCUAUCCAUUAGAAACUCAUGGACAAUAUGGACACAGAUAUAAAAAUGAAUAGUUUGAACAAAUACAUAUAAAUAUAAAAGUUAUUCAAGUAAACCGUAUUUACCAAAGUUACCUUCAAUUGCAAUAGAUUACCUGUAAAUGACAAAAAAUUCUGGUAACUUUGGUAAAUUACCAGUUGUUUUGCAACCCUAACCACAAUCUUUCCUCUCUGAAUUCUCCCCAGGUUCUGUCAUUCAACUUGACUAAAGACGUCCACACAGAUUUCCAGACACUCAAUGGAGAUAUCAACUCUCCCUCUGCAUCUUACACCCUGAAACUGGCCAACCGUCUCUAUGGAGAGAAGACUUGCAACUUCCUGACUGUGAGUUUCCCUAUAAACUAUACUUUUCAUGCAAGUAACAGCCACUUUACCACUUUACAGUCUACUAAUCUAUACAAUCUUAUCACAUUUACGGAUAUGCUGGGCUUUAUUUAAAGACACAACAGACUGACUGUGUUAUUAUUACUGUCUGCUGUAGGAGUUCUUAGACUCCACCCAGAAGUUCUACUGUACUUCCCUAUAUGCUUAUUCAAAUAAAAUACAAUUUGAUUUGUCACAUGCACCGAAUACAACAGGUGUAGACCUUACAGUGAAAUGCUUACUUACAAGCCCUUAACCAACAAUGCAGUUUUAAGAAAGAAUACCCCCAAAACUCACAAAGAAAUACAAUAUAAAAUAAUACGAAAUAGAAGUAACAAAUAAUUAAAGAGCAGCAGUAAAAAUAACAAUAGCGAGGCUAUAUACAGGGGGUACCGGUACCGAGUCAAUGUGCGGGGGCACCGGUUAGUCGAGGUAAUUGAGGUAAUAUGUACAUGUAGGUAGAGUUAUUAAAGUGACUAUGCAUAGAUAAUAAACAGAGAGUAGCAGCAGCGUAAAGGGGGGGGGGGGGGGGGGGGGGGGGGGUCAUAGUCUGGGUAGCCAUUUGAUUAGAUGUUCAGGAGUCUUAUGGUUUGGGGGUAGAAGCUGUUUAGAAGCGUCUUGGACCUAGACUUGGCGCUCCGGUACCGCUUGCCGUGCGGUAGCAGAGAGAACAGUCUAUGACUAGGGUGGCUGUAAUCUUUGACCAUUUUUAGGGCCUUCCUCUGACACUGCCUGGUAUAGAGGUCCUGGAUGGCAGGAAGCUUGGCCCCAGUGAUGUACUGGGCCGUACACACUACCCUCUGUAGUGCCUUGCGGUCGGAGGCAGAGCAGUUGCCAUACCAUGCAGUAGUCAGGAUGCUCUUGAUGGUGCAGCUGUAGAACCUUUUGAGGAUCUGAGGACCCAUGCCAAAUCUUUUCAGUCUCCUGAAAAGGUUUUGUCGUGCCCUCUUCACGACUGUCUUUGUGUGCUUGGACCAUGUUAGUUUGUUGGUGAUGUGGACACCAAGGAACUUGAAGCUCUCAAUCUGCUCCACUACAGCCCCAUUGAUGAGAAUGGGGGCGUGCUCGGUCCUCUUCUUUUGCUGUAGUCCACAAUCAUCUCCUUUGUCUUGAUCACGUUGAGGGAGAGGUUGUUGUCCUGGCACCACAUGGCCAGGUCUCUGACCUCCUCCCUAUAGGCUGUCUCGUCGUUGUCGGUGAUCAGGCCUACCACUGUUGUGUCAUCGGCAAACUUAAUGAUGGUGUUGGAGUCGUGCCUGGCCAUGCAGUCAUGAGUGAACAGGGAGUACAGGAGGGGACUGAGCACGCACCCCUGAGGGGUCCCUGUGUUGAGGAUCAGUGUGGCGGAUGUGUUAUUACCUACCCUUACCACCUGGGGGCGGCCCGUCAGGAAGUCCAGGAUCCAGUUGCAGAGGGAAGUGUUUAGUCCCAGGGUCCUUAGCUUAGUGAUGAGCUUUAAGGGCACUAUGGUUUUGAACGCUGAGCUGUAGUCAAUGAUUAGAAUUCUCACAUAGGUGUUGUCCAGGUGUGAAAGGGCAGUGUGGAGCGCAAUAGAGAUUGCAUAAUCUGUGGAUCUGUUGGGGCAGUAUGCAAAUUGGAGUGGGUCUAGAGUUUCUGGGAUAAUGGUGUUGAUGUGAGCCAUGGCCAUGCCUUUCAAAGCACUUCAUGGCUACAGAUGUUAGUGCUACUAGUCGGUAGUCAUUUAAUAAUAAUAUAAUAAUAUGCCAUUUAGCAGACGCUUUUAUCCAAAGCGACUUACAGUCAUGUGUGCAUACAUUUUUACGUAUGGGUGGUCCCGGGGAUCGAACCCACUACCCUGGCGUUAGAGCAUGGCGCUUGUACCAAUUGAACUACAGAGGACCACAAGGCAGGUUACCUUAGUGUUCUUGGGCAAAGGGACUAUGGUGGUCUGCUUGAAACAUGUUGGUAUUACAUACUCAGACAGGGAGAGGUUGAAAAUGUCAGUCUUGCCAGUUGGUCAGCGCAUGCUCGGAGUACACGUCCUGGUAAUCCGUCUGGCCCUGCGGCCUUGUGAAUGUUGACCUGUUUAAAGGUCUUACUCACAUCGGCUACGGAGAGUGUAAUCACACAGUCUUCCGGAACAGCUGAUGCUUUCAUGCAUGUUUCAGUGUUGCUUGCCUCGAAGCGAGCAUAGAAGUAAUUUAGCUCGUCUGGUAGGCUCGUGUCACUGGGCAGCUCGCGGCUGGGCUUCCCUUUGUAGUCUGUAAUAGUUUGCAAGCCCUGCCACAUCCGACCAGCGUCAGAGCCGGUGUAGUACGAUAAGAUCUUAGUCCUGUAUUGACGCUUUGCCUGUUUGAUGGUUCGUCGGAGGGCAUAGCGGGAUUUCUUAUAAGCUUCCGGGUUAGAGUCCCGCUCCUUGAAAGCGGCAGCUCUACCCUUUAGCUCAGUGCGGAUGUUGCCUGUAAUCCAUGGCUUCUGGUUGGGGUAUGUACGUACAGUCACUGUGGGGACGACGUCAUCAAUGCACUUAUUGAUGAAGCCAGUGACUGAUGUGGUGUACUCCUCAAUGCCAUUGGAAGAUUUAACUGUUAUUGAACUGUUCUCUCUGCUGUAUGAGUUCUACUGUCCUCUAUAUGCUUAUUGAACUGUUCACUCUGCUGUAGGAGUUCUACUGAACUUCUCUAUAUGCUAAUUGAACUGUUUCACUCUGCUGUAGGAGUUUUUAGAAUCCACCCACAAGUUCUACCAUGCAGACAUGAAGGCAGUGGACUUCCUCGGCGCAGCAGAGGUGACCAGAGGAGAGAUCAACGGCUGGGUGGAACAGCAGACAGAGAGUAAGAUCAUUUAACAUAUCAAUCAAUCAUUCAGUUAAUCAAUCACAUAUAUUGUCCCAGUUGGGAAAUUUGUAGUGCAAUACAGGGGGGGGGAAAACACAACAUAAAUACAACAGCAUACACUAAACACACAAAUUAGAUUAGAUUAAAGAACAGCAACCAUUAUUAUUUGACCCUGCUGGUCAUUAAUGAACGUUUGAACAUCUUGAAGAACAAUCUAGCCUUAAUGGCCAUGUACUCUUCUAAUCUCUACCGGCACAGCCAGAAGAGGACUGGCCACCCCGUCCGAGCCUGGUUCCUCUCUAGGUUUCUUCCUAUGUUCAUGCCUUUCUAGGGAGUUUUUCCUAGCUGCCCGUGCUUCUACAUCUGCAUUGCUUGCUGUUUGGGGUUUUAGGCUGGGUUUCUGUAUAAGCACUUUGUGACAUCUGCUGAUGUAAAAAGGGCUUUAUAAAUACAUUUGAUUGAUUGAACCAACAGAUCUGUAACUAGGAUCAGCUAACAUGGAACUCAACAUGAGAUUAAUAAAUGUGUCUAUGCUUAAAUUACAUCAUUAGAACCAUAUGGGACUUCUUGUUUUAGAGUUGCUUUUGGUUUAGUUUGUUUAAUUGUGUGUGUGUGUGUGUGUGUGUGUGUGUGUGUGUGUGUGUGCAUGCGUGUUUGUAUGUUUGUGUUUACAGAUAAAAUCAAAGAUCUGCUGAAGCCGGGGACAGUCAGUGUUAUGACAAGGUUGGCCCUAGUCAACGCCAUCUACUUCAAAGGAAACUGGCUGAAUCGAUUUGACCAAAAAGACACCAAAGAGAUGCCCUUCAAAAUAAACCAGGUGGAUAUUGGCAAUAAUAUAUAGAUAGAUAUCUAUGCUCAGUAAUUAAAUAAUGGAGUAUUGUCUGUAUAAUAGAAUUAUAUACUACACUGCUAGAAGAUCUGGAAAGUUAUGUAAAACCAAAAAGGAUUCAAAAGCUCACUUCAUAUGGGCCUUCUUUUUAGCAGUGGUACAAGCAAAGGUUUGACACAUUUGUGCAUCAUCCAAGAGACAAAACAAAGUUACACUGUAUAGGCCUAUUGUGAAUGAUAUGGUGGUCAGAUGAACUCAUUCUCCUUGUCUAUGAUGAUCUGGGAAUUUUCAGAAUGAAAGCAAGCCAGUUCAGAUGAUGCACCAGAUGAAGAAGUUCCCCUUUAACUACGUCCCAGACUAUAACCUCCAGAUCGUGGAGCUUCCCUAUGUGGAUGAGGAGCUCAGUAUGUUUGUCCUGCUACCUGAGGAGGCCACUGAUGGAUCUGAUCCCCUAGUGAAGGUAUACACAACCUCCUGUAACCUUUUCACACUACUGAAGCAAUCCUCACUGAUGAGCCAUAUUAAAAUUCCCCCCAAAGUGGGUUAACCCUAUUGGCUCGAUGCGUAGGGGGUUUUGCUUUUCAUGCCAGCAACUCGGGUACGCUUCCCUGUCCCUCUGUUCGCUACACUACAAAACCUCCUAUAGUUAAAGGGAUACUUCACCCAAAUUACAUUGGUUUCCUUACCCUGUAAACAGACUAUGGACAAGGUAUGACAGCAAUCCAUGCUUUGGUUUUGUUUCCCUGGCACGGUUUCCAAAUGCUAACAUUUGAGCAUUUGUGGCACAAAUCCAAUGCAAGUCAUGGUACCCAUUUUAGCAUUUUCUGCACAUCAUUUGCCACUAGGUGGUGUACUUGGCUCAGGUCCGGGUAGGCUGCUGAGAAUCACACUACUACCAGUAUCAUCUAUCUUCUGUAUAAUAAUAGAGUGUCAAUGCUGCUACUCCUCUCUACACUGACAGGGUUUUAACUGUCUGUGUUUCAACUUCUUCUCUAUAUACUGACUGGGUUUUAACUGUCUGUGUUUCAACUUCUUCUCUGUAUACCGACUGGGUUUUAACUUUGUGCACCAUUUUAGCUAGAGAGAGAGCUGACCAUGGAGAAACUGGAUGAGUGGACCAGCAGAGACAACAUGGACACGGGCACAGAGGUCAUAGUUCACCUGCCCAAGUUCAAACUGGAGGAGAACUACGAGCUGAAUGAGGCCCUGAUCCAGCUGGGCAUGAAGGACGUGUUUGAGGGGGGCAGGGCCGACCUGUCUGGGAUGAACGGGGAGGGGGGGCUCUUCCUGUCUACGGUGGCCCAUAAGGCCUUUGUGGAGGUGAACGAGGAGGGGACAGAGGCUGCCGCCGCCACUGCUGGGUUAAUAGCGUUCUGUAUGAUCCGAGAGGAACACUUCACAGCUGACCAUCCCUUCCUCUUCUUCAUCAGGCACAACAAGACCAAAAGCAUCCUGUUUCUCGGCAGAUUCUCCUCUCCUCAGUAG